AUGAUUCGGCUGCUAGUUGCACUCUACCUACCAGUUAUCUCCGUGGCCGCUCAGCAACAGCGGUCCGACUGCGUGCUUGAAUGCGCUCACCUGGAGAGCCACAAAGCCUACGAGGCAUGCGUGGCGGAGUGCGUCAAAUCGCCUAGGAAGGACAAUGUGCCAGAUGUCGCCUACUAUCCUGUUCCGCCAUCAAAUGUUUCCAUAGAUACGGCGGUAGUGAUCGAUAACGGAAAGUUCCUGGAAACAACUGUCACUUGGACAGCGGCCAAAGAUUUGGCACGAACAGGGUUCUACCUCCGUUACAGUGCCGUCGGCGAACAAUGCCAACGCGAUUUUCCUGGAUACUUCGUGUCGAACAUUGGUCCGAAUGAAAGGACACAUCCUAUCCCUUUGCUCUUCAACAAUCAUCCACUUGUGAUCAAUCAUGACUGUGAAUACAGGCUGCAAAUGCAUUCGAAGCCCUAUCCGUACGGGGACGCCGCCUACACUACCGUUAAGAACCAUAAAGUCCCUCAUUGCAUCGACGGAUACUGCGCUUGCAGCGAAGGAGCUGUAGCGUUGCCGUCGGCGCUGUCAGCGGUCGAAGUCAGUGGGGGAAUGGAGAUCAGGUGGAAGCAUGAACCCAAGGAGGAUCGUGUGUACACAUUCUACAUCACUCUUCAUGAAAGGUUUCGACCACCCGUAGAGUUCAUAGAUCCAAAUGUAUUCCGGUUUCGAAUAGCUGACGAUGGAGAGCGGGAAUUCCGAGGAGUUCAGAAUCAGAAGAAUUACUCGUAUAUUUUCGACUACGAAUUGAAACGACCUGAUGAGUACAAGGUGACAUUGUUCGCUGAAGACGAUCAUUUCUGCCACACCGACGACAUCGCUGCUUUUUUCAACACUUCACCUGUAGAACCCACACCAAUCCUCGAACGUGCUCCGGAUGCUCAGCCAACACAUCAGCUGAAUCUCUCCAGUAUAUUUGGAGUUGUCAACACCUCCAGAGUGAUCCCGACAGUAGGUGAAACAGUGGAGAUUGAAAGAACAUCGCCUGCAUUCACCAGGGUCGCAACGAUUUUGCAUGAGAUAGAUCCUUCCGUGUUCAUUGCACUUCUGCUGCUGUUCACUAUGGUUAGCCCGUUGUGCACCAUUUGCGUGUAUUGCUUGUAUCGAAAACGCAAAAGUGCUAAGAAAAGGAAAAUGCCUCGGUUCGGUCCGUGGACGUUGUCUCACUCUAGGCACUCGAUCCUGGAGACAAACAUUCUCUACCGUCAGCCCGUCGAGUUCAGAACACCACAGACUGAGGAAGAAUGGCUAAUUCCCGCUGACGAUGUCAGUGUUGGAGGAGUCAUAGGAGAAGGCGCAUUUGGACUUGUUUGCAAAGGAACUAUGAGUGGACCAAAAGGGAUGGCUGUGCGAGUGGCGAUAAAACAGCUCAAGACAAAUGCCAUCGACGAAGAAAAAGAAGAAUUUCUCAGGGAAAUGGACAUUAUGAAACAGGUCGGUCGUCACCCAAAUAUCGUGACGAUGUAUGGUCUGUGCGAGGAGCCGGAUUUCCAAUGUAUGGUCAUGGAGUACGUCCCUUUCGGCGACCUGAAGCAUUACCUGCAGAAUCUACGAAAGCAGUUGUCAUUGGCGGUUUCAACUCUGAAAACUUCGUUGCGCAUGGAGGAAAGCGUGACAGCUGCGAUGCACUCCUCGCUGAUUGGAACGGAUCAGUUACAGUACUCUCUAGAUCCGGCCGAAUUACAGUCAUUCGCGGCACAGGUUGCCAAUGGAAUGGCCCAUCUCGAGUCUCUCAACAUUACGCAUCGAGACCUAGCCGCACGAAACAUACUGGUAGGAGAGAACAAACAACUGAAAAUUAGCGACUUUGGCAUGUCACGACCCGGCGUUUAUGUGAAAAUGAGUAAAGGUGUGAUACCGCUUAGAUGGCUGAGUCCCGAAGCGAUACGAGACAACCUCUACUCAACGAAAAGCGAUGUAUGGGCCUACGGAAUAGUGCUAUGGGAGAUUGUGACUCUGGGAGGAUUUCCUUACCCGACAGUUUGCGACAAGGAUAUGUUGCAGUACCUACUGGAUGGUAAUCGUCUGGAGAAACCAAUCAGCUGUUCAGAUGAAAUAUACGCGGUGAUGACGGAGUGCUGGCGCCUCUGCGCCCGAGACAGGCCGUCGUUCGUGUGCCUCUGCGACCGUCUCGGCUCGCUCUCCAUCCCCUACGUGGAAUUCGCUCCCAACACUACUCUUCCACCUCACGAUGGCUUCGAACUGAUCGACAGAGGAACGAUUAUCGCUCAGUGA